AUGUCUACUAUUCCUCGUAGGAAAUUGGCCUGCCGAAUUUGCACGCGCCGCAAGGUCAAGUGCGACAAGGAAAUUCCAUGCGAUAAUUGUGUCAGGCGAGGGACAGCUACCGAAUGCGAACGCGCUGGAGAUGAUGAACUCAAUGCGCAAAGCAGCAGAAUCACCUCUGGACACCCGAACGAUGAGGUUGCCUUCAAUGCUCUUCGGCGUCGGGUGGCUGAGCUCGAGGCUACCUUGCAACUGAAGAAGGCUGAGUCACGCACAGCGGUUCAGUCGCCGACUCCAGCUACUACUGAACAACUUGUGGGCAGGGUCGUUGCGCGGAAUGGAUCGCCUUCACCAAGCCAAGACUCGGGGAUUGAAGAUGCAGUUACUGUCUUAGAGUUUUUGGCUUGGGGUCGCAUGAAAGACCCAGAGCGAACAAUACUCUCUCCAGAAGCCCUCAGAGUCUCCGAGCAUGAGGAUGCAGCUGGCGUCAGUCCAGGUCAAGACCUCGAUGGUACUUUGAAUCCUGACGUAAACCUCGUGCCUUGGUUGCAAAUCCUGCUUCCUUCGCGGCGCCAAGUGUAUCGUCUGGUGGAAUACCAUAAUGAAUGUUUGCUUUGGUUUCAUGGUUCGUAUUUUACGCCAACCUUCUUGGAGCAGCUCGAUUCAUUCUACGACGACCAUCAUGCCAAGCUUAAUUCGACAGGACUCAAUCUGCAAUGGGUAGCCCUAUUAUUUUCCAUCAUGGCAGGGACCAUCACUUCGGCUCCGACACACGAGGCUAGAAAGUGGGGCUUCGAUGAAAGCGAAGCCCGGCUACUCUCCCAAAAAUGGUUCAGAGCAGUCGUCAUUUCUUUGAAUGCAGCAAACUAUACUGCAAACCACUCCCUGCAUGCGGUUCAAGCCAUAACAACAUUGACGAACACAGCCCACAUGUUAGGCCACUCGAACACACAAUCGGUGAUGCUAGCAGCGGCGGUUCGUAUCGCUCAAAGCUUAGGCCUGCACAGGCUUGAUGAAGACGCUCGAGACGGUGAAAUCGAGUUAGAAACUGGUCGUCGUGUGUGGCAAGAGCUUUGUACCCAAGACUGGUUUAGCACUGCCUUUUCUGAAGCCUACUCGAUCAAUCCCUUGCACUCGAUAUCACUCCCUCCGAAAAAUGGCGACGAAACCAUGCAGGUUCUCCCAGAAGCAGAGCCAACGAUCACCAGCUUCUGUCGAUUUCUGGCUCAGGUCGCCGCAAUUAUGCCAGCUCUACAAGACGCUAUGGCCCUGUCCAAUACAUUGUACACAAAGUAUGAGGCAGUUUUGGUUCAUGAUAAAAAGAUGCGAGCUUUGGCCACGGCGAGACCUCCAUUUCUUGCAAACACGGCUUUGGAUGAAAGCUGGCCCUGCUACAUUCCCUGGGCGCGUCAAGCAAUUGCGAUGAGUUCCGCCCACAAGGUUAUUAUGAUUCACCGCAAGUUCUUAGGUCUCAGUUUUUCCAACCAUCUCUUUGCAUUCACUCGCCGCACAUGCUUGGCAGCUUCCAAAACAAUUUUAAAGGAGUAUUUAGCGAACAGUAAAGAUGAAUCCAGCCCGAUGCUGUGGACGCAUCAAGCGUUCUCGGUCGCAGCAUGUAUCGUUAUAUACUUUGACCUUCUUCACUCAUCUUCGAGUGCUCAGGAUGGGGCGGACCUUGUAGAACAAACCAUCGAGCACCUUCAAGUAUGUCGGCAGAAGAGCAUGAUCGCAGCCCGUGGUGUCAAAGUUUUGAAUGCUUUGCAAAAGCAAAUCGUUAACCGCGCAGAAAGUCGAAAGAGACCACUUGAGAUUGGGAGACACGAGACUUCAAAGAGACAACGUCAAGGCUUUGAUGCUGCGGAGUUCGCCCGGUCGUUCGAAACUGCGUCGACUUCUUAUCAGCCUCAAGAACGACAAACUCGUAUAUCGGAGGUGAAUAGUCGGCCUCCACGGAUUGCAGAUGAUUCCCAAGAGGCUGGAGUGGAUGAGCCCUUGAACCUCCCAGCAGACAUGAAUUGGAUAUGGAAUAUGCCUGUAAAUGAUGCAGAUGGCACACAGACGUUUGAGAGUUUGAUGUCGUUUGCUAAUCACGGCCUUGGGCUUUGA